CGUUACUUGAUAUAUUUUAUUACUAACUCAGAAGCAGCGGUGAACACUCAAGCAAACGUUCAAUUUAAUAUAAAAUGUCUAAAACAAAUACUGAUGGAAAGGUAACAAAAACUAUUGUCACGUCGCCGCAUAUUUACAAACCCGUGGGACCUUACAGCCAAGCAAUUCUAGCAGAUAAGACUCUUUAUGUUUCGGGAGUACUGGGGUUAGAUCAACAGGCUCAGCUUGUAUGUGGUGGUGCGGAGGGUCAAACUCGACAAGCAUUGGACAAUUUAAAGCACGUUUUGGAAGCAGGCGGCUCCUCUCUUGCGGGGGUUUUAAAAACUACCAUUCUACUGAGCAACAUGGACGAUUUCCAAGCCGUUAAUCAAAUUUAUGCGCAAUAUUUUCCAAAAGAUUUUCCGGCGCGUGCUACGUACCAAGUAGCUAGGCUGCCUCUCGGCGCUGCGGUAGAAAUUGAAGCCAUUGCCCUGAGUGGAGACCUCGUCAUAGCUGAAGCAGGUCCAUGCCCCUGUGCCCGCAUCUAAUAUCCCAGUACAUUAGGAAAAAAUAUCAUACUCAAAACACAAUUAAAUAAAUGAUCAAAUGACAUUAACCAUAA